UACAGACAGAUACAUAUGUAUGGACUUAUGUGCAUACUCUGUAAGUAUAUUGGCCAAUUCGCUGUUUGGCUUGCGGUGAAAAUUCAAAACUACACCAGUAUUGCAGUAGAAUCGAGGGUCAUAGGACAUAUGUGAGCGCAGCUCGGAGCAAAGAAUGCAAAACAUAAAAAUAAAAUUAGAUUAAAAAUGUAUCUAUUAUAAUAAAAUCUAAUGUGUGUGCACAGUAAUACAGCAAAUAAGCAUAUGAAGAUUCGGUGCAUGGAACUAACCGAAAAAUAUGCUUUAUUUAUUAACUUUUGAAGAAUUGUGUAUAACAUGAAAAAAAUUGCAAGUGUUUUAAAAUAUAUCGAGUAAAAUUAAGCGAAAAUGUCUUCAAAGCAGCGAGGCGAGGAAACAUAUCGACGCAUCACACGCGAAAAGCUGGUGCUGCGAGGCAAUACUGCCAUUCGCACCUUGGAUUCCACCACAUCCUAUCUGCCGUUGCUGCCUGGUACCUCCACAACACCGCCGACGGGACUAUCGCAUGUGGCACGCAUGAUGGACUCAUUGAUACUAGAUCAAUAUCCACCGUUCGCCUUCACAAAGAUCACAACCACACAUAGACCAUCACGUGCCGGAAACAACAAGAAAACCGAAACCACACGCACAACUACUUUGACUGGCCUUUCUCCCGGCAGCGCGGCUACUUUUGGCGGGGGCAACGGCAUUGCGCCAGCAGGCAUUCGGAAAACGCGCAUACCAACACAAGAAGUCCCCCCACAACCACGCCCCAACACAAAUUUGCCACCCACAGCCGGCACCACAAAUCCACUUUAUCAGAAUGCUAACGGCGGUACCAACAAUACCCCUGGUGUUGGUAAUAAUACACAUAUACAAUUCCCGAAUCAUAAUGACAACCGUUGGAUCUCAUCGUUGCGUCGAUCACGCGAUCCCGAACUACAGCCGACACUGCCUUCGAUCAAUUUAAGCCAUCAUGGUAGCGCACAUAAUGUUGGCAGUAAUCUGAGCACCAGCACUGAUAAAGGACGCAUUUCGCGCAGCAUUAAGGCUUCGACUAUAGCGGCUACGCGCAAAAGUCGCAGUGUGGAACGUAUUCGUGCACGCAAACUUACCACACAAAUUAAACUCAAGGAUAAACCGAAGAAGAACUCCAUCGAUGAGAAUUCCAAUUCGGAUGAUCAGGAAAUCACAUCACUGGAGGAGAAUUCUACGUCACAGAAUACGCCGAAGAGUUCGCCGAAAACAAAAACGAAAAUAUUCUCGCCCAUCGGCUAUGAGCCACAUUUAGUAGACACACUGGAAAAGGAUAUACUACAGCGUAAUCCAGGUGUCAAAUGGAGUGAUGUAGCUGGCUUGAAUGAUGCAAAGGCCAUACUGCAAGAAGCGGUUGUAUUACCGAUAAUUAUGCCUGAUUUCUUCAAAGGCAUACGGCGACCUUGGCGUGGCGUAUUGAUGGUGGGGGCACCGGGUACUGGCAAGACUAUGUUAGCCAAGGCUGUGGCCACGGAAUGUGGCACGACUUUCUUUAAUGUCUCCUCGGCGACACUGACCUCAAAAUAUCGUGGUGAAAGCGAAAAACUGGUGCGUUUAUUAUUCGAGAUGGCGCGCUUCUAUGCGCCAAGCACAAUUUUCUUCGACGAAAUCGAUGCGUUGUGUACAUCGCGUGGCAGCGAUUCGGAGCACGAGGCGAGUCGGCGCUUUAAAGCAGAACUGUUGAUACAGAUGGAUGGUUUGAAUGCAACUCUGCAGGAUGAUAAGAUCAUCAUGGUUUUAGCGGCAACUAAUCAUCCAUGGGAUAUUGAUGAAGCUUUCAGACGACGUUUCGAGAAAAGGAUCUAUAUUGCACUUCCAAAUGAAGAGACACGUUCCGCUCUACUAAAACUCUGCCUCAAGGAUGUUCGUCUCUCACCCAAUUUGGACACGAAUCUCAUUGGCGAUCAGUUGACAGGAUACUCGGGUUCGGAUAUUAGCAAUGUCUGUCGUGAUGCGGCAAUGAUGGCAAUGCGUCGUCUCAUUGCCGGACGCUCGCCAUCGGAAAUAAAGGAGAUACGACGUGAAGACAUUGAUCAACCUAUAACAAUACAGGACUUUAAAGAUGCUAUGGAACGUACGAAACAAUCAGUUUCGUUGGACGAUGUUGCGCGUUUUGAAAAAUGGAUGGAAGUCUAUGGUUCAUGUUAAACUAAUAUAGACGCGCAGCGAAAGGAAUGCUCUUAAAUUAUAAUAACUGAUCACAUUGAAAUUUAAAAAUCAAUAAGCAAUAAAUUGUAGCGAUUUUUUUUUUUUUUUUUUUUUUUUUUGAACUAAGCAAGAAAGUGGUCAAUAGAAAAACUUGCAGAAAGAACAUACGGAAUUAAGGUCUCCGUUAUUUUCCAAGUUAUGUUUUUAUGCAAAUGCCUCUGAAGUAUCAAUUUUUGUCCUAAAUAAACGUACUACAGACAUAUGUAUUUGUAUUCAUAUAGUACACCACGUCGUAUGAGCAACACAAAAGGGAUAAAUCACUUGCAUGAUUGCUCAUGUUAUUUAAUGUAUUAUAUAUGUACAUAUGUAUAACUUUAACUGUGUAUAAAUUUUAAUUGAAUGUUUUUAU